CAGCGGGCGCCGCCGCCGGCACUGACCGCCGUCCGGCCCCCGCCCCGCCGCCACCUCCCGCGACGCGCCCGGCAGAAUGGACUGCUGAAUUGGGAAUUACUGCAGACUCAACAGGACAGCACUGCUCGUUGCUUCAUCUAUUACUAGUUAUUUAAAUUGGACUUUUAAUAUCCUGACAGCUGCUGUUCACACACACAUGGUGCAUUGUUGCCAUUCUCAAAAUUGCAUCUUUGAAACCCAGACACUCAGUAACCUUCAUCGAACAAAACGGUGACCUCUUGCAUACGUUCAUAGAGGGGAUUUUUGGACCUGCUGCCCUCUAGCUUUCUCCUUGGUGCUGUAUUUCCAAGACACUAUGGAGCCCAGUAUGGAGUACUGCUUAGCGCAGGUGCUGCAGAAGGAUGUUGGGAAGAGACUUCAGGUUGGCCAGGAAUUGAUAGAUUACUUCUCAGAUAAACAGAAGUCAGCUGAUCUUGAACACGAUCAGACCAUGCUAGAUAAAAUGGUGGAUGGACUGGCCACUUCCUGGGUAAAUUCCAGCAAUUAUAAGGUGGUUCUUCUGGGAAUCGAUAUCCUUUCUGCCCUAGUGUCCCGCUUGCAAGAUCGCUUCAAGGCCCAGAUUGGCACAGUGCUGCCAAGUUUACUUGAUAGACUGGGAGACUCGAAGGACUCGGUGAGGGAGCAAGAUCAGACCUUGCUGCUGAAAAUCAUGGAACAAGCUGCUAACCCUCAGUAUGUGUGGGACAGGAUGCUAGGAGGAUUCAAACACAAGAAUUUCCGAACGAGAGAAGGGAUUUGCCUCUGCCUUAUUGCAACGCUCAAUGUAUCUGGAGCUCAGAGUUUAACACUGAGUAAGAUAGUGCCACAUAUAUGUAACUUACUUGGAGAUCCAAACAGCCAGGUUCGAGAUGCAGCAAUAAACAGCCUUGUUGAAAUUUACAGACACGUUGGUGAACGUGUAAGGGCUGACCUCAGUAAAAAAGGACUACCCCAAUCUCGGUUGAAUGUAAUUUUUACAAAAUUUGAUGAAGUCCAAAAGUCUGGAAACAUGAUCCAGAAUUCAGUCUGUCCAGAUAAAAUUUUUGAUGAUGAAGAUUCUGUGGAUGGGAACAGACCUUCCUCAGCUAGCUCCUCUACGUCCUCAAAGGCUCCUGCGAACUCCCGCAGAGUGGGGAUGGGGACUACCCGCAGACUUGGGUCUGCAGCUCUGGGCUCCAAGUCUUCAACAGCCAAAGAGGGAGCAGGUGCUGUGGAUGAAGAAGACUUUAUUAAGGCAUUUGAAGAUGUCCCAACGGUUCAGAUUUAUUCUAGCCGGGACCUUGAGGAAUCCAUAAACAAAAUAAGAGAGAUACUGUCGGAUGAUAAACAUGACUGGGAACAGAGAGUUUCGGCGUUGAAAAAGAUCCGGUCCCUACUUUUGGCUGGAGCUGCAGAAUAUGAUAACUUCUUCCAACACUUAAGACUCUUGGAUGGAGCAUUUAAAUUAUCUGCUAAAGACCUCCGCUCUCAAGUAGUACGAGAGGCUUGUAUCACAUUAGGACAUUUGUCAUCGGUUCUGGGAAACAAGUUUGACCAUGGGGCAGAAGCCAUCAUGCCAACAAUUUUUAAUCUAAUUCCAAAUAGUGCCAAAGUUAUGGCCACUUCUGGUGUAGUAGCAGUUAGAUUGAUCAUUCGACAUACGCACAUCCCUCGAUUAAUACCCAUCAUAACCAGUAAUUGUACCUCCAAGUCCGUUGCAGUUAGAAGGCGCUGUUUUGAAUUUUUAGAUUUACUGUUGCAGGAGUGGCAAACGCACUCCCUAGAAAGACACAUAUCAGUGUUAGCUGAAACAAUAAAGAAGGGAAUCCAUGAUGCAGACUCUGAAGCCAGGAUAGAGGCAAGAAAGUGUUACUGGGGUUUUCACAGUCACUUCAGCCGAGAGGCAGAGCAUUUGUACCACACCUUGGAGUCUUCAUACCAGAAGGCCCUGCAGUCACAUUUGAAGAACUCUGACAGCAUUGUGUCCUUACCACAGUCGGAUCGCUCCUCUUCCAGCUCCCAGGAGAGUCUCAACCGUCCGUUGUCUGCCAAAAGAAGUCCUACUGGAAGUACUACAUCUAGAGCAUCUACAGUAAGUACAAAAUCUGUGUCAACACCAGGAUCUCUGCAGCGAUCCCGCAGUGACGUCGAUGUGAAUGCAGCAGCUAGUGCCAAGUCAAAAGUGACGUCUUCUGGAGCAUCUACCCCCUUCAGUUCUGCUGCAGCCUUGCCCCCAGGCUCAUAUGCAUCACUAGAUGGUACUACUACUAAAACUGAGGGUCGGAUUCGUACGAGGAGACAGAGCUCUGGCAGCGCCACAAGCGUCACCUCAACACCUGCCGAUACCCGAGGCCGCAGCCGGGCUAAAGUAGUUUCCCAGUCCCAGCCUGGUAGCCGGUCCAGUUCUCCGGGUAAGCUGUUAGGAAGCGCCUAUGGUGGCCUGAGCGGUGGAACAUCCAGAGUCCAGCAGGUGCCAUCGUCUUCAGAGAAGCGCAGCAAGAUUCCUCGGAGCCAGGGAUGCAGUCGAGAGACGAGUCCCAGCAGAAUAGGACUAGCACGGAGCAGUCGUAUCCCCCGACCCAGCAUGAGUCAGGGGUGCAGCCGUGAUACCAGCCGUGAGAGCAGUCGAGAUACAAGUCCUGCUCGGGGCUUUCCUCCACUUGACCGGUUUGGGCUUGGACAGCCAGGCAGAAUGCCUGCUUCUGUGAAUGCCAUGCGAGUCCUGAGCACAAGCACAGAUCUGGAGGCUGCCGUGGCUGAUGCACUGCUGUUAGGAGACUCCAGGAGCAAGAAAAAGCCAGUGAGAAGAAGAUAUGAACCCUACGGGAUGUACUCCGACGAUGAUGCUAACAGCGAUGCAUCAAGUGCUUGCUCUGAGCGCUCUUAUGGUUCCAGGAAUGGGGGCAUUCCACACUACCUACGGCAGACUGAAGAUGUGGCUGAGGUCCUGAACCACUGUGCCAGUUCCAACUGGUCUGAAAGGAAAGAGGGACUCAUAGGUCUUCAAAACUUACUGAAGAGCCAGCGGACUCUGAGCCGAGUCGAGUUAAAAAGGCUAUGUGAAAUAUUUACUCGCAUGUUUGCUGACCCUCACAGCAAGAGAGUCUUCAGCAUGUUUCUGGAAACCCUGGUUGAUUUCAUCAUCAUUCAUAAAGAUGACUUGCAGGAUUGGCUUUUUGUUCUCCUGACCCAAUUGCUAAAGAAAAUGGGAGCAGAUUUGCUGGGGUCUGUGCAAGCAAAAGUUCAGAAAGCUCUGGAUGUCACCAGAGAUUCUUUUCCAUUCGAUCAGCAAUUUAACAUUUUGAUGAGGUUUAUUGUAGAUCAGACCCAAACACCAAAUCUGAAGGUUAAAGUUGCCAUCCUGAAGUAUAUCGAGUCCUUGGCAAGGCAAAUGGAUCCAACAGACUUUGUGAACUCCAGCGAGACAAGACUUGCCGUAUCUAGAAUUAUAACUUGGACAACAGAACCAAAGAGCUCAGAUGUAAGAAAGGCAGCACAAAUAGUCCUGAUUUCUCUUUUUGAAUUGAACACUCCUGAGUUUACCAUGUUACUUGGUGCCUUGCCAAAAACAUUCCAGGAUGGUGCUACCAAGCUCCUGCAUAACCACCUCAAGAACUCCAGUAACACCAGUAUGGGUUCUCCCAGCAAUACCCUUGGUCGAACUCCUUCCCGGCACUCCAGCAGCAGAACUAGCCCCUUAACUUCACCUACCAACUGUUCCCAUGGUGGGCUGUCUCCAAGUAUGCUGGAUUAUGACACGGAGAACCUAAAUUCUGAUGAAAUCUACAGCUCUCUUCGUGGAGUCACAGAAGCAAUUGAAAAAUUUAGUUUCCGUAGUCAAGAGGACCUGAACGAGCCAAUCAAACGUGAUGGAAAGAAAGACUGUGAUAUUGUGUCUCGAGAUGGUGGCCUUGCUGUGCCUGCCAGUGAUGUCCGUGGAAACAGUGACAUUGUGGAAGGUGGAAGGAUGGCUCUAGAUAACAAAACCUCACUUCUUAACACCCAGCCUCCCCGCGCCUUUUCAGGGCCUCGCGCUCGAGAAUAUAACCCUUAUCCUUAUGCUGACACAAUUAACACUUAUGACAAGACUGCCCUGAAGGAAGCAGUAUUUGAUGACGACAUGGAUCAGCUUCGGGAUGAAGUACCCAUUGACCAUUCAGAUUUGGUGGCUGAUCUUCUGAAAGAACUUUCCAACCAUAAUGAACGAGUGGAAGAACGGAAAGGAGCUCUCCUGGAACUGCUAAAGAUUACAAGGGAAGAUAAUCUUGGAGUUUGGGAGGAACAUUUCAAAACCAUUUUGCUCUUGCUGCUGGAAACACUUGGAGACAAAGAUUAUUCAAUAAGAGCCCUGGCGCUGCGAGUGCUGCGAGAGAUCUUGCGGAACCAGCCAGCAAGGUUUAAGAACUAUGCUGAGUUGACUAUCAUGAAAACACUGGAAGCACAUAAGGAUUCCCACAAGGAGGUCGUCAGAGCUGCUGAGGAAGCUGCUUCUACCCUGGCGAGUUCCAUCCACCCUGAGCAAUGCAUCAAGGUGCUUUGCCCCAUCAUUCAGACUGCAGAUUAUCCAAUCAACUUAGCUGCCAUAAAAAUGCAGACAAAAGUCAUCGAGAGGAUUUCCAAGGAAUCAUUGCAUCAACUCCUUCCUGAUAUCAUCCCUGGGUUGUUACAGGGUUAUGACAACACGGAGAGCAGCGUCCGUAAGGCGAGUGUGUUUUGCCUGGUGGCGAUUUACUCAGUAAUUGGAGAAGAACUGAAACCUCAUCUCGCACAACUCACGGGAAGCAAGAUGAAGCUAUUAAACUUGUACAUAAAGAGGGCCCAGACCACCAACAGCAACAGCAGUUCCUCUUCAGAUGUUUCAACGCACAGUUAAUGGAGAUAUGUGGACAAGUGUAGACUUAGAAGCAAUCAACGGUGCCUCUCAGAGACCUUUCUGCUACUCUUCACUGGCGUGCUCCAUCAGCUCAAGGAGGCCAUGCAGAUACUGCAAUCAGUAUUUUAGUCCCUUUAAAAACUUUUAUGUAGAAUCUUACUGGUAUUGAAUGUAAAGGAAGCAAGGUCUGUGGUGUAGUCUUUAUUAAAAGUGAACAACAGAAAGCCAUGCUUAAA